CCGCCCGGGGGGCGGAGGGCAGAAGUCAGGACCGCGCGCAGCCCGCCUUUGCCGCCGAACGCGAUAUGCUGCCUCCGGGGCGCAACGGCACCUCGCACCGGGCGCGGUCCGGGCAGCAGCAGCUGGCGCAGGGGGGCGCCGUGGGGGACUCGGAGGGGGCGACGCUGCUGGGGCCAGCGCAGGUGGUCACGGCCGGCCUCCUGACCCUGCUCAUCGUCUGGACCCUGCUGGGCAACGUGCUGGUGUGCGCGGCCGUCGUGUGCAGCCGCCACCUGCGCGCCAAGAUGACCAACGUGUUCAUCGUCUCUCUCGCGGUGUCCGACCUCUUCGUGGCGCUGCUGGUCAUGCCCUGGAAGGCGGUGGCCGAGGUGGCGGGUUACUGGCCUUUUGGGGCCUUCUGCGACAUCUGGGUGGCCUUCGACAUCAUGUGUUCCACCGCCUCCAUCCUGAACCUAUGCGUCAUCAGCGUGGACCGCUACUGGGCCAUUUCCAGACCCUUCUGCUAUGAGCGCAAGAUGACCCAGCGUGUGGCCUUGGUCAUGGUCGGCCUGGCGUGGACCUUGUCCAUCCUCAUCUCCUUCAUCCCAGUCCAGCUCCAUUGGCACAGGGAUAAAGUGGGCUCCAGGGAUGGGCUGGACCCUCCAUCCAACCUGGCCAACGGGACGCCUUGGGAGGAAGCCGGGGAGUCGGAUAGGAGUGCGGAGAACUGCGACUCCAGCCUGAACCGAACUUACGCCAUCUCAUCCUCGCUCAUCAGCUUCUAUAUCCCGGUGGCCAUCAUGAUUGUGACUUAUACGCGCAUCUACCGCAUCGCUCAGGUGCAGAUCCGUAGGAUCUCCUCCCUGGAGAGGGCCGCGGAGCACGCGCAGAGCUGCCGCAGCCGCGACACCUGCGCGCCUGACACGGGCCUGCGGGUAUCCAUCAAGAAGGAGACCAAGGUCCUCAAAACCCUAUCGGUGAUCAUGGGGGUCUUCGUGUGCUGCUGGCUGCCCUUCUUCAUCCUUAACUGCAUGGUCCCCUUCUGCAGCGGACACCCCGAGAGCUUCCUCUGCGUCAGCGAGACCACCUUCGACGUCUUCGUCUGGUUCGGCUGGGCCAACUCCUCCCUCAACCCCAUCAUCUACGCCUUCAACGCUGACUUCCGGAAGGUGUUCGCCCAACUGCUGGGGUGCAGUCACCUGUGCUCCCGCACUCAGGUGGAGACGGUGAACAUCAGCAACGAGCUCCUCUCCUACAACCAGGACACCGCCUUCCACCAGGAGAUCGCAGCUGCCUACAUCCAUCGGAUCCCCAACGCGGUGACCCCGGGGGACGCAGAGGUGGACAAGGAGGAGGAGGAGGCAAGCCCUUUCGAUCGAAUGUCCCGAAUCUCUCAGACGUCCCGGGAGGGUGACCCUGCUGGCCAGUCGGUCUGGGAGCUCAGCUGCGAGGGGGAGAUUUCGUUGGGCAAAAUCACACCUUUCACCCCAAAUGGAUUCCAUUAAGCUGCCUAAGCACCCUUCUUUGCGGAUCAACAUAGCUGCACAGGCAUUAACAAGCAUGCAGAAUACACACGGGACACACAUAAAUGCAUUUUCACUGCUGCUAAGUUUAUCAGGCCUUCAGUGUCGGUGUAGUAGCCCAUGUGCUCAGAAACCUCAGCGACUGAUUUGUUGUGGAAUGAUUUGGAGAGAGCAGUUGGAAAAAUCUUGGUCAAAUGUACCCUAAGCCUAGCAGAGAUGGACCCACGGUUCUGCUAGAGAAGAUAAGAUGGUAAUUGAUUCCCCCCCACACCAAAAAAGUGGUACUUGGUCUUUAAAAAAUAUACUCUCCCCUCCCCUUUUAAGUGAAUAGAUUGUUCAUUGUGAACAAGUGACUUCAAUGUGUUUGGGUUGAUUUUUAAGCAAUAGGUUCAAUCUGUGUGUAGCCUGAUGGGGACUGUCUGUAUGUCUUUCCUGUAUCUUGCUUCCUGUGGCCUGUGUUUUGUAGUUUCUGCUUUCUGUAUGUCUUUGCUCCAGCUGAGGAAUUCUUCCCGAUCUGUUCUGAUGUCUAAUAAACACAAAUUAU